CACAGAGAGCGAGAGGGGUGGAGAGGCAGUGAAAGGUGUCACCAACGUAGCAAACUUCACAGGAUUUAAAGGAAGAAAGAAAACAAAUCAAAGAAAGAAAGAAUGCGAUGGCUUGAAAGAGAGGAGGAACCGGAUAUAUUUCUUUCCUCGUAGGAGUCGAGGAGUUUCAAGGGCCUCUACCCUUCCUUUCAUCAUGGUGGACCUGUUCCUAAACCGAGUUCUGGUGGAGAACAACUGGGACCAGGACGAGCUCAACACUGAGCGAGAGAUCGCCGGGAUCCUCGAAAACCGCAUCCUGAUGUUGUUCUUUGCAUCUGCGGAGUGUGACAAGUGCCAGGACUUCCUGCCUGUUCUCAAUGACUUCUUCAAGAGACUCAAAGAUCCAGCGUACAUCGAAUACCCCAAACUGCUCACACUCGUCUACGUCAGCUUGGACAAAUCGGAAGCGCAGCAGGAGAGAGUCCUCAAAGAGCUGCACAAAAAGGUCCUGUUUUUGGCCUUUGAGGAUCCUUACAGGAAAGAACUGCAGGCCAUGUUUAAGGUGAAGGACGUACCAACGGUUGUGGUCCUUCGUCCUGACGGCUCCGUCCUCUCUCCGAACGCUGUGAUGGACAUCUGUCACCUCGGUUGCGACUGUUUCCGAGACUGGCAGGAAUCAGCAGAGCUCGUCGAGAGGAGCUUCAUGCUCAACGAGGAGUUCGACAACCUGAACAUGCGAAGUGCCACUGACCCCGUGAGGAGACUCAAGUACAAGACAGAGGACGACAAGAGGAAAAAGAGAUGGUGGAACUUAUGGGGGAAGGACAAAGAUAGAACUGAGGAGGAGGAGGAGGAGAAAGAUGGAACGUGGGAUAUGAAGAGAAAGGAGGGAGAUAAAGGAACAUGGUGGAGAAGAUGAAGAGAGAGGUUUAAAAAAACACACAUAUAAAUACAUAUUAAAGGCAGAGUCUUUUGUGUUGGUUGUCUUCAAGUCCAGCCUCCUAAAUACUUAAUCCUUUGUUACUGAUACUGCAGCCUCUUUAAGAGACACUCUGCCUGCAAUGACAUGUGCAGUUGAAUUUAAAAGAAGAGCUCCUCUGUUGUGUUGCCGGAGGUGUUGGUAUGUAGAGGCAUAACAUAACUCACUGCACAGAUCACACACAACUUUGAAAGGAAUGAAAUAAGAUGGAGUUGCUCUAUCUUAAAGGGAACAUAUCAUGAAAAACGUGUGAUUCAACAAGCCAUUCAGAUUUGGCUCCCCUUCUUAUGUCACAUGCAGGAUCAUUAGAAUAUAUCCCCCCACAACUUGAGAACUACCUUUGUAAAGGUGCACCAUAUUUUUCUCGCUAGCCAAUCAGAGCAGACUGGGCUUUUUCAGGAGGGGGGGUCUUAAAGUGACAGGCGCUAAA